AUGUCGUCUGCGACGCCACCGCGAACUAUGCAGCGUCGAAAAGCUGCUGAACCGCCGCCGUGGCUGCACUUCGCGGCGGGCGGGAUAGGAGGCAUGUGUGGUGCGAUCAUCACGUCGCCUCUCGACGUCGUCAAGACACGUCUUCAAUCUGACUUGUAUCGCCAUCGCGCCACUUUUCGUGUGCCGUACCGUGGUGCGUUGGGCAUGCUAGCGAACGGCGCCUACCAGUUUGUUGAUACAAGCCGGCUCCUCAUGGAGAUCUCUGUGCGUGAGGGUUCAUCUGCCUUGUUCAAGGGACUCGGACCCACUCUGGUGGGUGUGAUUCCUGCACGAGCCAUCAAUUUUUAUGCCUACGGCAACGGCAAGCGCUUUCUGACCGAAUACUUUGGCGAAGAGUCCGCCUUUGUCCACUUGACCGCUGCAGCACAGGCAGGCAUCAUAACGGCGACGGCUACCAAUCCUAUCUGGGUCGUCAAGACACGUCUGCAACUCGAGUCACAGCUUCGCGAAGCACAGACGCGAAAAGCGCGCGCUGAGGCGAUUGGCAAAGUGAUGCCGACAUCCUCGCGCUUACCCUCUCAUCUUCCUUAUCGCACGAUAUCCACUUCCUCCCGCAUGCGAUCCCAAUUCUUCCAAUCAAGCCCGCCACCUGCCCACCCUGGCACCAACGCCCUGCGUAUGGCCAGCCAUAUUGUGCGGAAAGAAGGCGUGGCCGGUUUGUACCGCGGCCUGAGUGCCAGCUACCUUGGUGUGUCGGAAAGUACCAUUCAGUGGGUGCUGUAUGAGCGACUGAAGCGGAUCCAACGCCGGCCGCAAGAACGGCCCACAUGGGCUCAGACGAUCGGGUCCGCAGGCACAGCCAAGCUCGUGGCUACCGUAAUUACCUAUCCCCAUGAAGUCAUCCGCACUCGCUUGCGGCAGCAGCCAGAGCAUGGUGUGCAAAAGUACCGCAACCUCGUUCAGACGUUCCGUGUGGUGCUGCAAGAAGAGGGCGCUAUGGCAUUCUAUGGCGGACUUAGUGCGCAUCUGAUGCGCGUCAUACCCAAUGCCAUCGUGACCUUCUCCAUAUACGAAUUUGUGCUGCUGCUGGGCUCACAAUAUAGACAUGUAUUUUAG